AUGCGCCAACCCCGUCGUGUGCCAUGGUCGUCCAAGGCCGAGCUCGGCGAGCUGUACGAGUUCCUCUUCUCCCCUGCGGCGAAUGACGAGAGUCGAGCGGCCGCUUUGUCAAGGAUGAGUGUUUACAUCUCCUCUCCUUCCUGCCCUGCCUUCAUCCAUCUCCUACACGCCGUCGUGUCAGCCCUCGCCCUCCCGUACCCUCCCCCUCUUCCUCUCGCCCAGUCCCAGCGCAUGGUCUACGCGAUGGCCCUGAUCCGCUUUGUGAACGGCAUGGUCGACCCUCUCCAGACAGGCGGCUUCGCACGCCCCAUCUCCCACCUCGCCGCGGAGCUCAACCUUCCCCCUGGGCUCGUCGCCCUCCGCCACCGCGCGACGCAUGAGGACCUUCCUCCCCUCGAGCACCUCCACCGCUCGCUCCAGGACGCCGUGGCGUACCUGCACACGUACUCGUUCGUCCCUCUGCUCAAUCAUGGCGCAGAAGAGGGGUGGGGCCGCCGCGAGCGCUCCGAGACCCUGGUUGGGAGGUGGAAGAAGGUCAUGAAGGAGCGGGUACGCACGCGGGAUGUUAGCAUCGAGAGUGCUAGCGGACGAGCUGUCAAGCGACUGAAGCGCGAGUUCGAGGAUGAGGAGCUCGAGGAUGCCGUCGAGGCGAUCGUUCGGGUUGGUCUGGUGCCCGUGGCGCGCAAGAAGCGCCCAGGAAAGAAAGCGACCGCACCGCCAGCGGACGCGCUCCUCGUCUGGACCCCCCUUCUCGCCCAUCUUAUGAGCUUGCACGAGAAUACCCCUUCGGUUCUCGCCGAGACUCUUACCAGCGCCCUCCUCGAGACGGCUCCCCGCCACCGUCAGAUGGAUGAUGACGAGCGUAAGGAGCUCGCGUCCUACCGCUGGACGCUUGGCACCUGGCUCCUUCAUUUCUGGCUCGGAGGCGAUCUCGGCGUUCCCGAUGACGCGAAACGGGACAUUCUGGUCCGCCUCGCGCGCGAGCUCGUGCACGGUGACGAUGUGCUGGAACGGGUAUACGGCCUGCUGGACAGCGCUGGGCUGGCUUCGCUCCAGACGCUCCUCCCUGACCGCGAAGAGGAGGAGGAGGAGCUCGAAGGCCUCGACAUUGACGAGGAAGAGGUCGAUGCUGACACAGCGCUGGAGAAGAUGCAGGCCAACCUCGACGCCCUGGAGGAUAAGCUGCGGCGCAACGUCGAGCCGACAAAGGAGAGGACCACCAAUGGCGACGAGAUCCCUGGCUGGCACAAGGCCGAGGAUUGGCACCCUUGUCCCAUCGGCAUGUGGGCGUGA